AUGGUAUUAAAUGGUAUUCUAUUUGUCGAUGGUAGUACAGCACAUGAACAUCUUCACGCUUUAAUACAUUUUACUAAUGGAUUUACAAUGUUAGCCUACAAGAAAAAACUGCAGCGCACUAGUACACGACUCCAUUCAAAAACAACUUUCAAGAAAAUAAUUUGCUUGUAUCAUGCUGUUGGUGUCCUCAUAUACAUCACCUGUGCUGAUGGACAAAAGCCUCUAAAAGGGAUGGAGAUGGUCUUAGAGGUACACCUUAUUCUCAUUACGAUAGAAGAGUAUUCAAAAAAGAUUGGUUACAUUCCCGAGGAAAACAGUGUUGCUUGGUACGCACAGAAACUUCAGAAUUAGCAUCUGAAUAUGUAAAAGACUUAGAAAAAUACACGUCUGAACACGAACUUCAUGAUUAAUCUACAUGUAGAUGUGAAAGAGGUGCCGAAGGAAUAAGACGGAGGGAAGAAGCUAACGAGAAACGAAAAAAAU